AUGGCCGACUUCAACACAAUCGCUCAGCAAUUCGUUGAGUUCUACUACAACACCUUCGACAGCAACCGAAGCGGUCUUGCCAGCCUCUACCGCCCCGAGUCCAUGCUCACCUUCGAGACCUCCUCUGUGAUGGGUACUGAGCAAAUUGUCGAGAAAUUGAACGGUCUUCCAUUCCAGAAGGUGCGCCACCAGCUCGCCACUCUCGACGCCCAGCCGUCAGGCGAGAACAUCAUCGUUCUUGUUACCGGUGCUCUCUUGGUCGAUGAUGAGCAGAAGCCCAUGAACUACACCCAGCUCUUCACACUGAAGCCCCAGGACGGAACCUUCUUCGUUCUCAACGACGUCUUCCGCCUGAUCUACGCUGCUGCUUAA